CUGCCAGUGUCAAGCGUUCUGGAAAAGUCACGUGUCUCACUUGGCACUUCAUGCUAGCUGCGCUGCCUGGAGGCCUGGCAAGCCUGGGUCCCCCAAAAUCCCCAGCAGCGCCAGCGCGCCAGGCGCUCACCUUAGUACCUCCUAACUGACAUCCAUCGAUCCACCGACUCCGCCACCUGUGGCGUCGCCAACAAAUCGCAGACGCCAGCCCGCCAGGGCCGCGACGCAACUUUAGUGCCCUCCCCAGCGCUCCACUAUUGGGCUCUACAAACCACAUGUGUCGUCCUCUCGCGUUGCGUUGCGUUGCGAGUCCUCUCCAUCCCAGCAACCCCGUACCGUAAACAUCGUCACCACUGCGACGUCCUUCUCCCUCGCCUCGCCUCGCCUCGCCUCAGCGACUUGCUUCACACUGCUCUGCAGCUGCUCCUUCAUCACACAGACGGGGCUCUCAGACUACGGCACGCCAUCGUCGACACUUGGCCCCUCCCGCGAUCUUUAAAGGGGAACCAUCCUCCGCCCCUUCGACACUUGCCCGCACAGCGACCGAGGAACUGCGCCGUCGAUAGCACUUGCGCCGCGGCACUGGCCACGUCCACCCUAACGGGAUAAACGACGCCCAUCGAGAACCACCGAGGCUAUAGUCGUCAUACAGCCAUCAUGAGCGGCAGCCUCGUCACGCCGGGUGGCAUCUCGGAUCCCGCCCUCAUCCAGCUCGUCAAUAAGCUUCAGGAUGUGUUCGCAACAGUUGGUGUCAACAACCCCAUCGACCUCCCCCAAAUCGCCGUCGUCGGCAGUCAAUCCAGCGGCAAGAGCUCGGUACUGGAGAACAUUGUCGGCCGUGACUUCCUUCCCCGUGGCUCCGGUAUCGUGACACGGCGACCCCUCGUGCUGCAGCUUAUCAACCGCCCUGCGCAGUCCAACGGCGUAAAGCAAGAUGAUAUCUCCACCGCCACCGACAAGGCCGCCAACCCAGACGAGUGGGGAGAGUUCUUGCAUAUCCCGGGUCAAAAAUACUACGACUUCACCAAGAUCCGAGAAGAGAUUGCUCGAGAGACCGAGGCCAAGGUUGGCAAGAAUGCCGGCAUUUCGCCGGCUCCGAUCAAUCUGCGCAUCUACUCUCCCAACGUCCUCACCUUGACGCUGGUCGAUCUGCCCGGCCUGACAAAGGUUCCGGUCGGCGACCAGCCCCGCGAUAUCGAGCGACAGAUCCGCGAGAUGGUCCUCAAAUACAUUGGCAAAUCCAACGCCAUCAUCCUGGCCGUGACGGCUGCCAAUAUUGACUUGGCCAACUCGGAUGGCUUGAAGCUCGCCCGCGAGGUCGACCCGGAGGGCCAGAGGACCAUCGGCGUCCUCACCAAAGUUGACCUUAUGGACGAUGGUACCGAUGUCAUCGAUAUCCUGUCCAACCGGGUCAUCCCCCUGCGGUUAGGAUACGUACCUGUGGUCAACCGCGGUCAGCGGGAUAUCGACAACAAAAAGGCCAUCAACCAGGCGUUGGAGGCCGAGAAGAACUUUUUUGAGAACCACAAGGCCUACCGCAACAAGAGCUCAUACUGCGGCACUCCCUACCUGGCUCGCAAGCUUAACCUGAUUCUCAUGAUGCACAUCAAGCAGACCCUUCCCGACAUCAAGGCGCGCAUUUCAAGCUCUUUGCAAAAGUACACGAGCGAGUUGGAAAGUUUGGGGCCCUCCAUGCUCGGCAACAGUGCCAACAUCGUCCUCAACAUCAUUACUGAGUUCACCAAUGAGUGGCGCACCGUGUUGGAUGGCAACAACACGGAGCUGUCGAGCACGGAGCUGUCUGGCGGUGCACGCAUCAGCUUCGUCUUCCACGAACUCUACUCAAAUGGCGUCAAGGCCAUCGAUCCGUUCGACAUUGUCAAGGAUGUUGACAUCCGUACCAUACUCUACAACUCGUCUGGAUCUUCGCCGGCGCUCUUCGUCGGCACAACUGCUUUUGAGCUCAUCGUGAAGCAGCAGAUCAAGCGCAUGGAGGAUCCCAGCCUAAAGUGCGUGUCCCUGGUGUAUGACGAAUUGGUCCGGAUAUUGUCACAGCUUUUGGGGAAGUCGCUGUACCGGCGAUACCCGCAGCUGAAAGAGAAGAUGCACGGCGUGGUCAUCGCCUUUUUCAAGAAGGCCAUGGAGCCCACAAACAAGCUCGUCCGAGACCUGGUCUCGAUGGAGGCUUGCUACAUCAACACGGGCCACCCCGACUUCUUGAAUGGUCACCGCGCCAUGGCCAUCGUCAAUGAGCGUUAUAACCCCACCAAGCCUGUCCAGGUAGACCCCAAGACCGGCAAGCCGCUGCCGCAGUCCUCCACGCCGAACAGAGCAGCCAGCCCGACGGUGCCCGAGGUGGACGGCAGCGCAAACGCGGGCUUCUUUGGUAGCUUCUUUGCGGCCAAGAACAAGAAGAAGGCCGCUGCGAUGGAGGCGCCGCCCCCAACCCUCAAGGCCUCGGGCACCCUUUCGGAGCGUGAGAACAUUGAGGUCGAGGUUAUCAAGCUUCUCAUCUCUUCUUACUACAACAUUGUUAAGCGUACCAUGAUUGACAUGGUGCCCAAGGCCAUCAUGCUCACCCUUGUUCAGUUCACCAAGGACGAAAUGCAGCGCGAGCUGCUGGAGAACAUGUAUCGGACCGACACGCUCGACGAUCUGCUCAAGGAGAGCGACUUCACCAUCCGCCGGCGGAAGGAGUGCCAGCAGAUGGUAGAGUCGCUGGGCAAGGCCAGUGAAAUUGUCAGCCAAGUCCAGUAAUCGAAUCAUCCGGUUCCCGGCUUGUCGCCGGCGACGGCUCGGCGCGACGCAUGAUGGGGUCCUCUCGAGGGCCGCCCACGCACGCACUCUUGACGAAGGCGAAGACUCUCCCCAUUUCUUUUUCGAUACCACGGGCGGUCACAGGCUUAGAGUAGACGUACGAGUAAUGAGUCCCAGGGGGUGAGUCGGUGGAGAGCAGGAGAGGGCAACGCGCUGAGCGAGUGGGUUGGUCAAGGCGGGAAGUGGGAGCUGGGUGUGGGAGGUGCGUCUAUGCGGGGGGCUCCUGUGUGUUUGUCGUGCUGCAGAUCACCUAGACGAAGAGGCAUUUAUAUUAUUUGACCUUAACAAUUAUACGAAG